GUGAAAAGCCCGUGAAGGACGGCGGCGGUGGCAGGUCUGUGAAGCGCGGCGGCUGGCCCUGAGGGUGUCGGGGUUGUGACAGCGUCGGUGUCGCAAUAAGUGCGGAGCCAUGCCGUUCUGGGACCUGCAGCGGCAGCUGGGGAUCGAUUUAGACCGGUGGCUGUUGCGGCAGAGCAUGCCGCAGCCCUACGGCAAGGCCGGGGCCUGUCACGCCUUCGAGCGGGAGUGGGUGGAGUGCGGGCACGGCCUGGGCCAGACCCGCGCCCGCCGCGAGUGCCAGCCCGAGUACGAGGACUUCAUGGAGUGCAUGCACCGCACCAAGCUGGCUGCGCGGCUAAGAACCAUCCUCAAGCAGAGGGACAAGAUGAUCAAGGAAGGGAAGUACACGCCGCCCGACUACCACAAAGGCAAAGAGGAGCCGCGGCCUUGACUUGCAGGGGAUGUGGCUGUUGGUCACCUGUGGUGUCAUUGAUGUGGAGCUUCUCUGGGAAGAAAACCCGCGGCACAACUGGGUUAUGCUGUAGCAGUGGGUGGGGUCUGCGUGGGGGCCCUGCCCCUGCUGAAGGGGAAUGACACAUUGGGCAUCGCUUGGGCUAGUAAAUGUCAUCUUCAGAACAGUG